GGAAAUAUUAUCUAUUACUUAAUUCUGAUCGACGCUAUCUUCCAUCAUGAGAGCUUUGAUCUGCCUUUUAAUAUUUGGGUUGGCAUAUGUGAGCUGUGACCAGAAAUGUCAGGGUUCUCCCAGAAUGUACAAUGGGAAGCGGUGUGCCUCCACAACGCGCUACGCUGACUACCACAAGGGGGCGUGUGGGUGCGGCCACGGAGACAGCCAGUUUGGCUGGAACCAUGACCACUUCGUCACCGCCCCUAACCAGAUGUUCUUUGAUGAAGGAUACGGCGGAUGGUGUGGUCAGAGAUGUGGAAAAUGUGUAAAACUUACAACCACAGGGGGCUGGGUGCCCGGCCAGGGAGGACCAGGUCCUUCAGGGCAAUCUCAGGUUUUCAUGGUAACCAACCUGUGUCCCAAUGUUUACCCCAACCAGAACUGGUGUAACCAGGGAACUGGUCCCUAUGGUAACGGACACAACGACUACGGAUAUGUGGCCCAUUUCGACUUGGAAAAUGGCGCCAAUCAAAUUUCAAAUUUAGGUUGGAACAACCCGGAAGUGACGUGGGAGAUUGUUUCAUGUAAUGGAUAUAACACCCCCAGCGACAGCAUGUAUAACUCAUGUGAGUGUGCACAUCACGGUAAACGCUCUCUAAAUGGAACUACCAAUGGAAGUGAAAACUAAUCCACAGUGAUCAAAUUUGUUAUAAGUUAUUUGUUUUAAGAAUUAAAUCUGAAAAAAAUAUUGCGUGGACGUUUU